AUGUUAGUAAUAGGGGCAGCAGCAGCAGUUGGUAGUGUAGCUGGGGCAGCAGCAGGAGCUGCAUUUGCUAGUACUCAGUACGAAAAAGUUAUAUCAAAAUUAGAAGAGCAGAAUAAAAACAUGUCAGAAAAUUGCGAUAAGCAGGUUGAGGCAACCAAGAAAGAAAACAAAAAAUUAACAGAAAAAUUAGCCGAUUUAACAACAGAAGUAUCUCAAGCAAAAGAAGAAGCAAAAAAGAAACAUCAAGAAUUGAUUAGUAAAAUGGAACAAGAAAGAAAGGAAAUGCAAGCAAAAAUGGAUAGAGAUGCAAAGGCAACGCAAGCAAAAAUUGAUAUGCUUCUUAGUUUUUUGAAUAUACAUCCUGCAUUGCAACCAGCAAGCCCAUCUCACAGUGGCGCACAAACUGUAACAGAAGGCUUAUCAGGGGCCACUGGAACACAGAGUUUACAUGGAGCAAAUGACCAUAUGAGUACUUCUCAAUUCUCUAUAGUAGCUGAUUUUUCUGAUGAUGAUAUUGAAGUGAUGCCUGACCAGCAAGCUCCAAGUUCUUAUGUAGAUCAACUUAAGGUAUCUACUUGCAGUAGAGGUCACAAUAUAAUUUAAAGAUGGCUUUUAUAGUCUUAUUAUUAAUCAUAGAAUUAGCGGCGCUUUUGCUGCUGUUAAUGUUGGUAUACUUUUUUAAAUGGCAAAGGAGGGGUAAAAUGUUUCAAGAUAAUAGUGUUUUGGUUGAUGAGCAGGAACAGAAGAAGGGUGACUUAACAGUCAUAGAUAGCAUGACUUUGGAAAAUACGCUCAAGCUAUUGGAGUUAAAGAGCUUAUUAUCUGACCUUGAUGAUAAUUUACGGGAUGUUAAAAAAGGCAAGAAGUCCAUCGAAGAUCACAGAAAAUACUUUAAAACAGAAGUUGACAAUAAACUUAAAAAUCUCAGCUUAAUAUAUCAUCCUGAUUCAGUGCAAAGAGCGGCAUUUGAUCGA